GUCACUAAAAUGGCGGUCGACUCAAGAGACGGAUAAUCUUGUUGAAUAUUUUGCUAUAAAGUUGAUUCAGAUUGUUUGCUAUGAGUGAGACGGAAAAGGAUCCUUUGAGAAAGUCAUCGGCCGAUAUAUGCAGUGACACUACUCAAGAAACAUUUUAUAAUUUCGUCAGGAAAUUAGGUAGAGGUGCGUUCGGCGAAGCAAACCUAUACAGAAAAACCGAGGAUAAUAUGCUCGUAGUCUGGAAAGAGAUUGAUCUAAGUAACUUAAGCGAAAAACAACGUAGUGAAGCACAGAAUGAAAUUGAAAUAUUGUCUCGUUUUAAUCAUCCGUCCAUAGUAUCAUAUUACAAUCACUUUUUAGAUGGUAAUAACUUAUUAAUUGAAAUGGAAUAUGCAGACGGUGGAAAUUUACACCAAAAGAUUGCUUCUCGUUCUACUCCUUUCCUAGAAGAAGAGGUUUUAUGGUAUUUUUAUCAAGUAGCAUCCGCAAUAAAGUAUAUUCAUUCCUGUUUUAUUAUACAUAGAGACAUAAAAACACUUAAUUUAUUCGUAACAAGAACUGGUCUAGUCAAAUGUGGAGAUUUUGGUAUUUCAAAAAUGUUAGAAAACACUAAAGCAGUGGCAAAUACAUAUAUUGGUACACCUUACUAUAUGAGUCCAGAAUUAAUAAGGGGAGACCCGUAUAGUUUUAAGAGUGAUGUUUGGGCAAUGGGUUGUGUUCUUUACGAGUUAAUUUCGUUGAAAAAAGUAUUUGAUGCAACGAACGCUCUAAGAUUAGCAAAUAAUAUCGUUCAUGGAGAUUUCGAUAAAAUUGAUCAAAAAUAUUCAUCUAAUCUGGAACAGCUACUGUACGAGAUGCUAGAGAAAGAUCCGGCAAAAAGGCCAAAUAGCACAGAAGUUAUGAAGUUUUCUAUUAUCUGCUCAAUCAGUGAGAAAAUGGAAACAAAAAUUACAGAAUUAAAUUCUAAUAGAAGUAGAAUAAGGGAAACUGGCGUGGUCCCUGUUGUAUGCUCCACUACCAGUGAUGUUUACAUUUGGGGAUCGGGGCGCUAUACGCCAAAAAAAUUAGAUAUUUUUAGUAAAAAGACUGCAGUUCAAGUAUCAUGUGGUGUCAAUCAUUUUGCUGUAGUAACCGUUGACAAAGAGCUAUAUACUUGGUGUAGUGCUCAAAAAUCAACAAUAAGUGGGGAGCUUGGCCAUAAAGACACUGCCGCUUAUAAGGGACCGAAAAAAGUAGAAAGUUUUGAAGGAAUUCACGUAAAACAGGCAUCAUGCGGUGAACAAUUUACAGUUUGCUGCACGGAUGAUGGCCAAGUUUAUGCAAGUGGUUCAAAUUACUAUGGUUGUCUGGGGUUAGAUGAGAACGUAGACGAAGCAUAUGAAUUUACGCCUAUUACUGCUUUGGCACAGUUUCAAGUAAGUCAAGUCUCAUGUGGAGAAAGUCAUGUCGUCGCUUUGAUGGAAGAUAAUCAAGUUUAUUCGUGGGGGUGUGGGGAGUUCGGUAGACUGGGUCUUGGGAACGAGGAUGAUUAUUUUCUACCACAAAAAGUCGAAGUUACAGGGGAAUUUCGAUUAGUUCAAUGUGGUAUUGAUUGCACAUUCUUGGUAGAGAAUAAUGGUAGAGUUUUAGCGACAGGAAAUAAUGAACACAAUAAGCUUGGUUUUAACUGUUCAACAUCAGGCCUUGUAUCCAAGCAACUGGUUAGCUACGAUCCACCAUGCAAACUUACUUUCUUUACUAUUAAGCCUUUAACAAGAUAUCAUAUUGUUAGCGUUUCGUCUGGAAAAACUCAUUCAGGAGUUGUGGACGUAUAUGGCCGUCUAAUUACUUUCGGUAGUAAUAAAUAUGGUCAACUCGGUGUCGGAGAUUUUAAAAAAAGAAAGGGAGUAACAGUUGUUCAUGGCCCACUAUCGGGAAAAAGAGUGACCAAAGUUUCAUGCGGUGAUAGAUUCACUGUCAUUGCAACAGCUGAAAACCAAAUUUAUGGAUGUGGUUAUGGAGAAAACGGUCGAUUGGGGACGAAUGUUGAAGUCGGUCGUGGACCCAAUAACGAAUGUAUAUCACUUCCCAGACCAAUUUUUGGGUCAUUACAUGCAGUUUCAGACUUGACAAGUUGCAAUUGGCAUACAAUUUUAGUGGCAGAGAAAGUUCUCGCUCAGAAAACAAUUCAAUCUUCCAAUAAUUCCAUCAAAAGCAAAUAUGACUCGCAAAUGAGCUAUGACACUGAAUUGUCAAGUGAAUUUCCAGGCGAGUCUGUCAAUGAUAGUCAAAAUACAGCCGAAGAUUCAAUUAGAACCUGGCUAAGAGAUGAACUUGAAAAUGCAGACUUCAUUCCAUUCAAUCAAGCCAAUGUUCAGUUUGAGGUCAAGGAAGAAAAUGGAGAAGUCGUUGAAGCAAUAGUUGAAAAAGAGGAGAAUGUUGAAAGCAAAAUUAAACGACUUGAAGAAGAGAAUGAGAAAUUAGAAGGAGAGAAAGCAAAAUUACUCGAAGAAAUAACACACUACAAAGCUAUAGUUGAACAGCAGGCAGAAAUAAUAAAAAAUCUAAAUAGUAAGAGAAAUUAUAACUGUAAAAAUGCCAACAUGCAGCGGGUGGAUUUUGAAGAUAGACUGAACGGUAUCUGGAAAGCUAUAGAAGAAUGGCAAGACGAGUGUUCAUUGUUGGAAUGUAUAAAUAUCAAAAGAAAGCUAGCAGAUUCAAAUGAAGUUUAUAGCCCAAAGCAGUGUGCUUAUUUUGAAGAGGACGUUUGA